AUGGAUGGAGGACGUCUGGAUGGAGUGGUGUUCGACUGCGGCUGUGACAUCCGUUGGAUCCAGCUGUGGCAGCAGAGGGGAGAGGCGGGGCUUCACACUCAGCAGCUGUACUGCAGAAACGGAGCGACCAAGAUACGACUGCACAACAUGUACAUCCACAACUGUGACCUCCCAGAGAUCAGCGUGAGUCACGGCAGUGUUCUGGUGACAGAGGGUGACAAUGUGACGGUGAGCUGCAACGGAUCUGGAUCACCGCUGCCUGAAGUAGACUGGACCGUCAGCGGCCUGCACUCCAUCAACACACACCUGUCGAAUGUUUACUGGCCGAACAUCCACUCCAUCAACUUGACUCUUUUUAACAUCAGCCGAGACGACAACAACUUCCAGCUGACCUGCAUCGCCGAGAAUGUGGUGGGCAUGACCAACUCCUCAAUCCAGCUUAACGUGCAGUUUCCUCCAGUUAUCUUGAGACUGGCUGAGCCAGAGCAACGCCUUGACACCUGCAUUGAAUUCACAGUUCGUGGAUACCCACACCCCAAGCUGCGUUGGUUCCACAAACAGAAGGAGAUUCGACAGAGUGACUACAUACGGACUGAAAUGGACUUCUACCAAGACUACUUGGAAGGCUGUCUUACUUUCCAGAACCCAACACACAUAAAUAACGGGAACUACACUCUGGAGGCCAGUAACCCUCUGGGAACAGUCACCAAGACUGUGUAUGGACACUUCCUCAUGCCUCCUGAUGAAAAUGACACAGUGGAAAUGGAUCCGCCUACAGACGUUGAUCCAGGCAGACCAGAAGAAGACACAUUCGGGGUGACCAUUGCUGUGGGUUUAGCUGGCUUCGCUUGUGUCCUCCUCCUCGUCAGUUUCGUUGUCAUCAACAAAUAUGGCCGGCGUUCCAAGUUUGGUAUGAAAGGUCCAGUAGCUGUGAUCAGUGGUGAGGAAGAUUCUGCCAGCCCUCUUCAUCAUGUAAACCAUGGAAUUAUUACCCCUUGUACUCUGGAUGCGGGUCCUGAUGCUGUUGUGAUUGGGAUGACUCGUAUACCUGUGGUGGAGAAUCCUCAGUACUUUAGACAUGGACACAACUGCAACAAGCCGACCACCCUUGUCCAGCAUAUAAAGCGGAGAGACAUCAUCCUGAAACGGGAGCUGGGUGAAGGAGCAUUCGGUAAAGUCUUCCUGGCAGAAUGUUACAACCUCAGCCCCACCAAGGACAAGAUGCUGGUGGCUGUCAAGACUCUGAAAGAUCCAAACCUAUCGGCCAGAAAGGACUUCCAGCGGGAGGCGGAGCUGCUGACCAACCUGCAGCACGACCACAUCGUUAAAUUCUAUGGAGUGUGUGUAGACGGAGACCCACUCAUCAUGGUGUUCGAAUACAUGAAGCAUGGAGACCUGAACAAGUUUCUAAGAGCCCACGGCCCUGACGCCAUGAUCCUGGUUGACGGCCAGCCGCUGCAGUCCAACGGGGAGCUGGGCCUUUCUCAGAUGCUGCACAUUGCCACUCAGAUUGCCUCAGGCAUGGUGUACCUGGCCUCACAGCACUUUGUGCACAGAGAUCUGGCAACCCGCAACUGCCUGGUCGGCAACGGCCUUCUGGUCAAGAUUGGAGACUUUGGCAUGUCCAGGGACAUCUACAGCAGCGACUACUACAGGGUUGGAGGACACACCAUGCUACCUAUUCGUUGGAUGCCCCCAGAGAGCAUCAUGUACAGGAAGUUCUCCACAGAAAGUGACGUCUGGAGCUUUGGAGUCAUCUUGUGGGAGAUCUUUACCUAUGGGAAGCAGCCUUGGUUUCAACUGGGUAACAACGAGGUUAUUGAGUGCAUAACCCAGGGUCGGGUGCUGGAGAGGCCACGGAUCUGUCCUAAAGAGGUUUAUGAUAUCAUGCUGGGCUGCUGGCAGAGAGAACCACAGCAACGACUGAACAUUAAGGACAUUCAGAAGGUCCUGUUUGCCAUGGGUAAAGCCACCCCAGUCUACCUGGACAUCCUGGGCUAGCAGCAAUCCGGUGAUGGCCAAUUGGUCAGCAAACAUCGAAAUCGACAGAGACAUAGAAGACAGAAUGACCCACAUGAAUCCAGGAAAAACCAAACCAACCUGAUCCACUGUCGAACAACACCUGCUAUGUCUGGGAGGGACUUAAGUGCCUGCCACACUUUUGGAUAUAGUGGAUAAAACAUAUUAAAACAAAACUAAAAAAAUCACACACACUUUUACAUUUUGGUUACUUGCGCAUAAGAUGUACAUGUUUAAAGAAAAAAGUUUUUGUUUUUUUUCCCUUCAAGAAAACUGCAAAAAUACACAAAAAGUGAAGAAAGGACAAGAUGUGGGCUGGAUAAAGCAUAACGGAAAUGGCGAGAACCCAUCAGAAUUGAAAUCUUUCCUGGUUUUGGUUUUAUGAAUAUAUAUAGAAAUAUUACAUAUAUUUUAUAUUUAUUUCUUUUAGUCGAGGAGUUGGAGGGUCUGCCAUUUUUGUUGCUAAGGGCUUGGCCCUGUCGGAAGAUGCCAUCAACAAACUAUUGGCAGGGACUUGACAUGGAAGCCUUACUUGCUCUCUGAUUGGAUGGCACUGAGAUUUUAAAGGGAACUGUGAACUCACUCGGGAGAAUCGGAGUAAAGCGGUGCUCUGUAGAGGACCUACCCAAUCAGACAACUGACAAAUCUAUUUUAAUUUAAAAAAUAAUGUACAUAUUGUAGAAUUCUAUAUGUCAGAAUUAUGUUAACUUAUUUUUUUGGAUGUUACUUUGGUUCUUUUUUUUCUCUAACUGUGAUCUGGGUUGCAAACAUAUUAAGCUAUGGUCUUUGUUUUCAUCCUAAUUCGGUGGAGGUUUCUCUUGGGAAUUUAUCCAUGUCAGUGCUGAUGAAGUUAUCACAUGUGAUGAAGGUGAAUGACAGUGACUACAGUUCAUACAGCCCACUGACACUGAAUCACAGACCUGGGAGGAUGUGGGAUGACUCAGAGCCAUGGUUCAACACUUCCCCAAGA